UUUAAAAGCUUACGGAAAUAAUGUUAUUCAUAUCAGAAGGUGAGGUGUUUUAAAGUUGUAUUUUUAGGAAAACCUGGCUUUAAAUGUUUGCUAUGUAUUAUAAACCUUUACACGGUCUAGUUUUUAUCUCGCUUUCGUGCUGCCUGUCAUUCAGGACAAUCCUGUGUCAAUUCUAGACAGAAAAGAGGACAUAGGUGGGAAAAAUAAUGAGCAGAUGAGAAAUCCAGCACAAAUUGGAAAAGGUACCAUUGGACAGAUUCCUUCUUCAUUACCAGAACAAAAAGAGCUUCCUUCGAUGCAGAGAGUUCAGAGAGGAAAUGAGCCAGGGGAGGAGUCGGCAAAUAGAGAUAUACAGCAGUCACCUAAAGCAAACUCUGCAAUGAUAUCAGACUGUAAAGAGGAUGAAAACGCCACCAUACGGCUUGAAGACGACCGUGAGGAUGAGAGCAGAGCAGCAGAGGUGCAGGGUGUCGGCACCUCUCUUAAAGUGACCAUACAGCGCAGCAGUGAGAGUCGAGCCUUCAGCACUACACCUGAGGAAUCGGCUGCAGGUGCGAGCCACGACGGCGAGACAGAGAAACGCAAACUCACAGUCAGACUUAUCUGUCACAUUUGCAAUGUCACCUGUCCUGACUGGAAAGCCUUUCGGAUGCAUAUGGUCAGUUUGGAUCAUCAGCACCGUAUUAUGGAAAUCCAGCAAGCGGGUAACACCCCCUUGGCCACAUUGUUACCCCAAAGCCAGGAGUCCCUGCAAGGCAUUAACAGAGCGAGGAAGAUGGGCCAUCAGCGCUGGUGUCCAAACUGCCAGUGUCAUUUCUCUGGUGACGUCAUAGAGCACAGGCGAACUACAAAACACAAGCUGGCGAAGGUCUCCUCAAGACCUUUCUGUACGCUGUGUGAACGUCACUUCAGAACUCCUCGUAAGUUUGUGGAGCACAUGAAUUCUCCAGAGCACAAGCGGAGGGUUGAGGAGGUCAGAAACGAAGGCGACCCAGAAGUCAUGGAAGAGUUAAUAACAGUGGAUGCUGUUGGUUGUUUCGAAGGGGAAGAUGAUUAUGAGGAGGAAAGAAAUGAAGAGGUUCCCACGGUUGAGAAGCAACCUGCUCAUAAAGAGAUUAUUCCUGAGGAAACAAUUAAAUGUGUGGUGUAUGAUCCAGAAACACAGUAUGGCACUAAUUUUGUGGUCCCUGUUGCUGGCUUCCUGUGUCAGCUGUGCAAUAAAUUUUACCAAUUUGAGUCUACUGCACUGGAAACCCACUGCAGGUCUUUUAUGCACUUUCAGAACUUACAGAAGUACAAUGCUCAGAAGACACAGAAGGAGCUUCCUCAUGAUAAGGACUAUGAAAGUGAUGUCUCAUGCAGCAGUCCCAUGCUGGACACCCGAGAACCGGAGCUCAUUGCUGGCUGCUCUAAGAUUUCUGACGGUACACGAUCAGAUCCCAACAUAUCACGCGUCCAUCACUCAAAGAAGAGAAAGCGAUCUAAAAGACCUCGAAAAUCUAUGACUUCAAACUUGAAAAACAUUGUAGCUCCACAGAACUUCUCAGAGGUAGUAUGUACUUCACAUUUCGGUUCGGGGUGCAACCAGGAGUCGUACAACCAAGAAAGCAGAGCGCCAGGAGAGUCCAUUGAUAAAAAAAAAAGCUCUAAUGACCCGAACUAUCAGCUCGAAGUGAACAAAAAUGUGAGCACAACAGACACAAAGUUUGUGCCAUGUUUCACAGUUAAACUCUGAGACUUUUAUACAAUCAAUGGAGUUUAAAGAGACAGCCAGCAAAGACCAAACAAAGCAAACUCGUGUUCAUAAAAGCCCAGGGAGAACUGUGAAAAGAACGUGAUAGGAUGGUGUACACCAGUCUUGCAGUGUUACAAAAUAAUAAGAAUGUACAUAUUAUGUUACAUAAAGCUCAAUAAAUGCUUUAUAAACAUG